CAUCCAUCCAUCCAUCCAUCCCAUUGUCUUUCUUCAUCCCUUCACGGUUUGCCCUUUCCGAUUCGCGUUAGUGGAGAUCGAGAUGGGGUGGGUCGGAGAUCAGAUCGAUUCCAUCAAGUCCAUUCAGUUCAGGCAACUCCUCACUCAAGCUAUUACUCUAGGUAUGAUAGUUACUUCUGCAUUGAUUAUAUGGAAAGGGUUGAUGUGCGUAACUGGCAGUGAAUCACCAGUGGUGGUUGUUCUUUCGGGAAGUAUGGAACCCGGCUUCAAAAGGGGUGACAUACUGUUCUUGCGCAUGACAGAAGAUCCUAUUCGAACUGGAGAAAUAGUUGUGUUUAAUAUUGAUGGACGUGAGAUUCCAAUAGUCCACAGAGUGAUAAAGGUCCAUGAGCGCCAAGAUACUGGAGAAGUUGAUGUGCUAACAAAAGGAGACAAUAAUUUUGGGGAUGAUAGAGCUCUGUAUGCCCAAGGUCAGCUCUGGUUACAACGUCAGCACAUCAUGGGGAGAGCUGUCGGGUUCUUGCCGUAUGUGGGCUGGGUAACAAUUAUUAUGACUGAGAAUCCUAUUAUCAAGUAUAUUCUGAUAGGUGCUUUGGGGUUGUUGGUCAUCACAUCAAAAGAAUAGGGCAACUAUGGAAUGGAACCACGCAGGGGUUCAAUCAAUUUCUACUAUAUAGUGUUUUAUCUCUAAUCGCGCUUGUCCCCAGCAUGUCUAACUCUGUCACACGCUGUUUAUGGGCCUGUGCAACUCUGCUGAUGCCUGUGUUGUGGGAAGGAAAUAUAGGUGAACAAUGGUGUAAGCUCCCUCGAUAUUAUGAUUUUCAUUUAUAUACAAGACAUAAUCAUAAUCCUAGGUUUAUAUGAACAGAUUUAUCUUUCUACAACAAUUGAGUUCCUUUUUUUUUUUUUACUUUCUUUUCCUGUCCUAUGCUUUUUUACCAACCCUUAUACCAAGCAACGUUUCAGACAUGUGUGUUAGUUCCUUGUGCUCAGUUGUAAACGUAGCUGACAUUAUUUUUUGACAAAACGAGUAGCUUUAUUUAGGAAAGAUUGGGCUGUUUGUUUCAGCCUCUUAAUGGUUCAGAUGUCUGAAUGGUUCAGCACUUAAUGGUUCAGACUGUUUGUUUCAGCCUUUUAAUGGUUCAGAUGUCUGAAUGGUUAAGAGAUUUGCCUCUGAAUGGUUAAGUAUUAUACAGAGUCUGAAUGGUUAAGACCUCUUAUCUGAAUUGAUCAGACAUUUGCCUCUGAAUAGUUAAGCAAUAUACUAGCUCUUAAUGGUUCAGACCUCUUACUGGUUCAGCAGUUAAUGGUU